AUGCUAUCACGGCAGACCAAGCGCCAUCGCGUUGCUUCUAGCCUGAAAGAAGCCGAUCAAUCAUUCGGAAUCCAACUUGAACCAACCAAGAUACACAACCUGGCGGGCGCCAACGAGAUCUCUCCCAGCACUGGCUUGCUGGCUGAACGGAAUAUUAUGAACGGUACAAAAAGGCUCUGGGAGCCCGUUUUCCUUCGUCGAUCUACGCUCUUAUCGUUUGCUGUUUUGUUCAUCGUACUGCUAGCUGCAUUAACAGCAGUAUGGCGAAUCUCCGAGAAAGAACAGGGCCUCAGUACCGUCAAUCCAACUAACUAUUAUCUCUGGACUUAUGGUCCGACAGCCGUUUUCACCAUCGUCAGCGCACUCUGGGGCCAGGUCGAAUAUCGAGCCUUGCAGCUUUUCCCAUGGCGCCUAAUGGCUCGUGGGUUUGUAUCGGCGUCAGAUAGUGUUUUGCUCGACUACCUUUCCUCGUGGAACGUAUGGGCCCUGUUCAAAUCUGUGAAGCGUGGCCAUUUCAUGGUCUCGGUUUCUAUCGCGGUAUCACUGGUUAUUAAGUUAAUGACAGUCCUAUCCACGGGCCUGUUUACCACGAAAGAUGUUCAACUGGAGCUCAUCAAAGACUUUCACGUACAGAAAGUUUUUAAUGGGGAUAACUUCAACCAAUCUGCUGUGGAUGCCCGUGCUUACUACAAAAUGUGGGGAGUCGCCCAACACAAUCUCAGCAACCCAGCAGGGACUACAGAUGGGCAUGCGUUUGAGAAUUUCUUCUAUGAUACCAGUCCAACGGGAACCCCCAUAUAUUUGCAGAACACUACAUACCAAGCGACUGUUGAUGUGUUUACGCCAUCACUUGAAUGCCAGGAGGCGUCCGUAACGACCCACAGUAAUAUUACGGACGUAGGGCUGCAUAUUGAUGAUUGUGCCGUGGUAAUUCCUGGCGAAUCGUCCGCAUUCUCACCAUUAAGGAUUGCGCUAGGGAGUUGUGAUGGCAACAUUGCUAGAGGCGUAGGAAACUACCCUGAUGACUCCAUGGACGCCAAAAAUACCGACUGGAGACUCUGGAUAUACAUUUCAGGCGGGCUGAGCGAAGAACCCAACGGAUAUCCGAUACCGUACUAUAGUUACCCCAACACGACGUCUGCCUACGCCAAGGUUAUCGGCCUGAUGUGCAAACUCUCGUACUCUACCAACCGCGGCAAUGUCACAUUGACGGGGUCUGGGGAUAUUGACAACCCCUUGAUCGAUUUAACCAUUGCACACCCUGUCGAAAUCCCUGGACUAGCGAACGUCAGCGCGUCCAGGAUACUAUACGGGUCCUAUUUUUCAGUUGACCAAGCUGCCACCCUUUUAUCCUCACGCGAUCCCCCUUAUCUGAUUUUGGGUACGGGUUUUUCUGGUCUCAAAAGCCUAUUCGAUGUCAGCACUCUCACAAACCGAGUCACAGACACAUUUCACGCUCUUGCAGUUCAGCUUGCGUCGGAAUACCUAAUGGCAGCCCCCUCUCGUUCCGGUACCAGCACAGUGAAAGGAAUAAUGGGGACUAAGCAGACUCGGCUGACAGUCCGAAGUGACGCUGCGUAUUCUAUCAUAUCGAUCCUGGGGCUAUUGGCUUUGGUAUCCCUGUUAUUUUGUCAUUUCUUCCUUCCUUCUGCUGUCUGCCCACGAGAUCCCGGAUCUAUCGGUGGCCUAGGAACGAUCUUGGCUAAUAGCCAUGAGUUUAUGGACGCUUUGUCCGGCAUGGGCCAUACCUCGAAAGCGGAGCUUCAAAAGGUCCUCGCUGGCCAGUCUUACGUCACUACAGCAAAAGCAGAUACCUUUUUGAUUAAGCCAAAUGGCCCUAAAAUUGAAAAAUCCGCUCAGUUUUUACAGCCGUCCUGGUGGCGACCCUUCGCAGCAGGUCCUCUAGGGCGUGCUCUAGCCCUUCUUGUGCCAAUCUGUCUCAUCAUUGUCCUUGAGAUAUUGUAUCAAAAGUCCCGAAGCUUGAACGGCCUUGCUGACGUUAACAUAAGCAUAAGCUAUUUAAGCUACACAUGGACCUACAUUCCGCCGCUAGUGAUGCUGGGAGUCCGGGCCCUCUACGAAUGCGUGUAUUUCAACGCAAGAGUGUUCCAGCCUUACCACGAGUUAAAGCGCGGCCAUGCAUCACCCGAAACAAGUAUCAUGGACAAUCAACACCGAAACUUAGCCAUUGUUGGCGUUUGGGGCGCUAUUACGAAGAGGCAGUGGUCGGUCAUGGCAGCUGGCGUUGCUGUCCUAAUCGCUCCAUCCCUACCUAUCAUAGUGUCGGGUCUCUACACUGUGUCUAAUGUUGCCUCUGCUAGCGAAAUUACUCUAACCCAGAUGAACAGAGUCAACAUGAGUGACGGGUAUAUUUAUUCAAAAGCGUGUGAUACCGUGGAUGUUAAGCUUGGUGAUAUGACUAUUCAAUACAACCUUUCCUAUCCACAAUGGACGUAUCAAGACCUCUCGUUUCCAAAGCUGAAGGUUAACCAACACAACCUUUCAAACGAAACAGUUAAUGCACUGAAUAACCGUGGUUCCUUCAUCAAGGCACAGGUUCCUGGCCUAAGGCUCGAUAUGGGUUGCAAAGAAGUACCGCCGGAUGCAUACGUCGCCGGUCGCGGAACAAGAUAUCCCUAUGAAGACGACAUUAUUGCCAACAUCACCGCGCUAGUUGAUAAUUGCUCCUUCAGAGCAACCGAUUUGGCGUCAUACUAUCGCUCACCAGGGAACAGAUAUUUUAGUAGCUUUGCUGAGCCCCGCGCACAUGAUAUUGGUCCUUCUGGAUUACCGAACAGUUGUCCCGGACUUGUCGUGAUGUAUGGGAAAGUUAAUCCGACCCAAGACACGAUUGAAGCAAUCACAGUGCUGAAGUGCAGAUCGAGGAUCGAACAAGUGGAUGUCUCUAUUCAGCUGUCGUAUCCUUCCUAUGCCUUCGAUUUAUCAUCUCCCCCGUCCGUUGUACCGGGAUCCGCGACGACCCUGUUUGACGGAUUCAUGGGAUCUGGAUGGGAAUCUGUCGCCCCUAACGGCGGCUAUAUGUCAUCCGCCAUCCUAGAUCUAUAUUCCGGGGAUAAGAGCACGCAAGGUCUGAGUCUUGUAUUCAGAAGCAUCAUCCACGGCGAAGCAGGCAUAUCAGCCUCAGCCCUCCUUGAAGCAGACAUACUAAAGGUACAACUGCAAAAAGUCUGGGGCAUCAUCACCGCUCAAAUGAUCAACAGUCGAGGCCGACAAGACUACGAUGAACCCGUAGCCGCAUCAUCAUACCUUAGCACCGAAAAACGGCCAAUGUACUCUGCCUCGCUAAAUAAUCCCUUCAAUACCCGGCUAUUCCAGAAUAUGAUCUCCACGCGCAUGUUGCAAGCCGUUCUGGCCGCAAUGACACUCUGCGGAGCUAUUAGUAUUUUCCUCAUGGACACUCGAAAAGUCCUACCCAAGAGCCCGCUCAGCAUUGCCGCAGCGGCGAGUCUACUUUCAGAUUCCCGUAUUCUUAACUCCGGCACGGCCUCUAGCUUCGAGAGAUCUAAAGGUAUAAUACCCCCCGGCAGCGAGUGGUGCAACGACGAACAGCUCAAACAGCGUGGUGUCUUCCAAGGACGGACUUUUACGCUUGGCUGGUGGGGCGUUGAGGGAAACAAUGGUAUCAACGAUUCAGAAUCCCAGACCCAAAGAGACACGGCGGUUUCGAAUAAUGGAGUUGACAGCGUAAGUAGGCGCAGCAUGUCAAUACAGUCUGACGUUGAGAGCAAGAGUCGAAAGCGAUUCGGCAUCGACACGGAUGAUAUCAAUCACUUCGAUUUCCCGGUAUAA